AUGGAUGACAGCUUCUACGACCCGCCCGCUGGCUAUGCACUCCGGAAAAACGGCACGUGCGGUGCGGAUCAGGAGACGUGUGGGAAUCCCUGGCUUGACUGGCACAACUGCUGCCCCAAGGGCACGGAGUGCAACGAGCACAACACCUGUUGUCCGGAGAAGGCAGGGUGCGAGCAGUGGCUCGUGGAAGACCCGCACUGUGCAAACAAUAAGACCUGGGACCUCUACGAGACCGAGCCCGGCGGCAAUUUCUUCUGCUGUUUGAGCACGUCGAGCGCCUACCUCGCCGGGGGCCUGGAGUCCAACGGGAGUGCUACUACAGGUAUUGCCUGUGCUGACGGGAUUCCGGACGGGGCAAAAGAUGAAGCCUUGGUUCCAGUCGCGAGAGGCACUGCGUACCAAUCAUCUACCAACAAGGGAGCCAUUGCCGGUGGUGUCGUCGGCGGGUGUGCUGGACUGGCUCUCAUCAUUGCCCUGGUUUGGUUCCUGAUGCGUCGACGGCGGCAACAGGCUCGGGCAACCGAUCCUCUCACGAGUUCUGAUCCUAGCACGCCAGCCCAGGACAAAAAAGGCGUAUAUGGGUUCGAACUUGACAAUAAUGCUGUGCGGCCAGAGCUACAGGGUAAUCCCAAUACAAUGGCUCAUGAGCUGCCUCCAGACACGGUACCCCAAGAGCUGCCUGCGAGCCCGGUUCGGUAG